AAAGGAAAUCUUGUGAUUGGUCCCCUCUCCCUCUCUCCUCUCUCUCUCCUCCCCCUCUCUCUCGGUGAGCCGCCACCUACAAGCUUCCCCGAUUCACUCCCCCGCCUUAACGGCGGUACCCACCUAAUCGGCAAAAUGCCUCCCCGAGGUGAGUCCCCGAAGACGCCCCGGUUACCCUUACAAUUAGGCAAAUCCAAUGAUCCAAUAAACUGUUAGUUAUUUUUGUUCUUGUUGUCGAUUUCCCUCUUUUUUCCAACAAAUCAAAUCAAAAGCUUAUCACCAGUCGCGUAAGCGCUGAGGUCACCCAGUUGUUUAUAAGACACGAAGCUUAGUAGUUUCAUCAAAUCGUAUGCAAUAUCAAAGAGGUUGUUCUCAGAUUAAUUGACGUAAGGGCUCAACGAUGUCACUUGGUGGUCAAGGUGUGGUGUUCUUAUUAGCUAUCGCGUUAUUGGCAACAUGUGCUCAAAAUUCCGAAGCUCGUGUAACAUGUCAAAACGGUGUAAAAUCCAUGGUGUAUCUUUCGCCUAAAAUAACCCAACAUCAGGGUUUAGUUUCAGAUAAAUACUAUUAUGACAUCGAGUUCCCAAAAGGUCAUAUCGCUAUAAAAAGUUUCGAUGCUGAAGUUGUUGAUGAAGCAGGCAACCCUGUUUCUCUUGAAGAAACUUAUCUCCACCACUGGCUUGCAAUACGAUACUAUGAACGAAUAGGUAGUGAAGAUAAAAAGCGUAAUGGUCAUCUGGGGGGUUUCAAGCAACCUGAUAUCAUUGUUGCUGGGAAUGAUGGAACAUGUGAUCAAAAUCUUAGACAGUUUUUUGGAUUUGGAGCUGAAACACGAAGAACACCAACAUAUAUUCCUGAUCCUUAUGGACUUGAAGUGGGUAAUCCACUUAAAGUGCCUUCUGGAUAUGAAGAGAAAUGGAUGUUCAACAUCCAUGCAAUCGACACUCGGGAUACAGUAGAUACAAAGGAGUGUGCUGAAUGCAGAUGUGACUUAUAUAAUAUGACGAAACCUUCGAAUCCAAAUUACGUGGGAGGGGUGGAUUGCUGCGUUGAUGGAAAACGAUGCAAAUUGAAAAACGGAAUUGAACCCGUCCAAAGAAACGUUUACUUGAAGUACACCGUUAAGUGGGUUGAUUGGAGUGACUCCAUAGUACCUGUUAAAGCCUUUAUAUUUGAUGUCACUGAUACCUGGCAGCAUACUGGAAUCCAUGAUUGCCAUAUCGAGUAUGAUGUUGAACAAUCUAGCGCUGGGAUUGCUACGAAAAGAUCACGUGUGAAGUUACCAAUUUCUGGAGAUGUUGUUUAUGGUUCUGCACACCAACACAUGGGGGGCAUAGGUGCUGCUUUAUAUAAAGAGGAUGGACAAUUAAUUUGCUCGUCUAAACCUAUAUAUGGAAAAGGAAAUGGUGUUGGUGACGAAGCUGGGUACGUUGUAGGAAUGACCACUUGUUAUCCUAAACCAGGCUCUGUGAAGAUAGCUAAAGGUGAAAUGCUAACGUUGGAGUCUAACUACAACAGUGAAGAGAGACGUUUUGGAGUUAUGGGAUUCUUCUAUAUUCUUGUUGCAGAAUCUCCUAUGAAGUUGGCAAAAGUAUAACAAGAAUAUGUGAAAGAUAUAAAAUAAAGUCACAACCGAGUUGAUCACUUGGUUGAUCGAGUGACAAUCAUGGAGUCAUCUGUUGUACGUCUUGGUGAGACAAUCUAGAGAAGCUAUAUGUUAUUAGUAUCGUGAACCAUGUAAGUUUUGAAUAAGUUGUAGUCUUGGUGUACGUGUUUCGUUUAUGUAAGAUAAGUAUGAUAUA